CCCCGUGCCGCCAUUAAAGCCUGGAUAUAAGCAAAGACGCUAAAAAAAAUGCUUUGAGGGAACCAGAAGCGACGUCCGGAGGGGACGGGACCUGGGGGGUGGGGGGAAUUCUCGGCUCGGCGGUAUGUAUGGACCUUCCGCUGCCAAAUGAAGCGGCGCCCUAAAAGAAGUCAAAAUGCGGCGGGUGUCGUCCGAGUGAGAGGAGCCUGAGGAGUUCGGAUUCUCCGACCUGGUGGAGCGGGGGAGCUCCGCUCGUUCUGGCCGCGGCCGUGGGGGGAACCGGGGAGUGUAAACACAGCCAAGCAAAGUGCCCCAGUGCAUUGCUUGCUGUGUGAUCUCCUUGAGAGUGGAUCUGCCGAGCUGAGAGUCCCUCUGAACGGCAGGAAGCUUCCCUCAGCGGCGGUGCGACGAUGACCGAGCUGGUUGCCAAGUGGGCCUGUGAAUACUGCACAUACGAGAACUGGCCGUCAGCCAUCAAGUGCACCAUGUGCCGCGCGCAGAGGCCCAGUGGGGGUGCCAUCAUUACUGAGGAGCCCUUCAAGAGCAGCCCUGCCCUUGAUGCCAGUUUGCAUCAGUGGGACCCUGCAGGCCUCAGCAACAGUCCAUCUCAGGGGGGAUCGAGCUUACUUAUUUGUCCAGACUCCAGCGCGCGACCCCGUGUUCGCGUUGCCGAUGUACCAGAGACGAGCAGCAAGUGGUCAUGCCACAUGUGCACCUAUCUGAACUGGCCUCGGGCGAUCCGUUGCACCCAGUGCCUCUGUCAGAGGCAGCAUGCUCAACAACAACAGCAGCAGCAGCAUGGGCAGCAACCAACCCACCAGGGACAUCACACCCAGCAGCCACGCAGUCCCACGGAGUCUCCCCAGACGUCUGGCUCCGGACCCCGGCCCGCUCCCCCAGCCCCCUCCACGGAUCCCUGUGAGGAAUACAAUGACCGUAACAGACUCAACACUCACACGCAGCACUGGACCUGCACUGCCUGCACUUAUGAGAAUUGGGCCAAAGCACUCAAGUGUGUGGUGUGUGAUCAUCCCUGGCCUAAUAGUCUGUUAGCUGAGCCUAUCGAACUGGCAUCCAAACCCGAGAGCCAACAGCCAUCCCAACAACUCAAUGAACAGGACCGAGACAACAGGAGGGGGGUUGUUGGGCACGUUGGCCAGGGAGUGGGCGGUGUAGGAGGUGGUGUAGGGGGCUGCAGCACCAGUCAGAGGAGGUCGCCUCCAACCUCAAAGCGGGAGUCGGAGGUGAACAUGGACUUUCAGAGGAUUGAAGUGGCGUCAGGGGCUGGAAUUGGGAGCAAAGAGGAGCUGGAGGUGGAUUUUAAAAAACUGAAGCAGAUUAAGAACAGGAUGAGACGGACUGAUUGGCUCUUCCUCAAUGCAUGUGUUGGCGUGGUGGAAGGCGACCUGGCAGCCGUGGAGGCCUACAAGUCAUCGGGAGGCGACAUCGCACGGCAGCUCACGUCAGACGAGGUGCGGCUGCUGAACCGGCCCUCGGCGUUCGACGACGGCUUCACGCUGGUCCACCUGGCCAUCCGCUUCCAGAGACAGGACAUGCUGGCCGUGCUGCUCACAGAGGUGUCCCAGCAGGCGGCGAAGUGUAUCCCAGCCAUGGUGUGUCCUGAAUUAACGGAGCAGAUUCGUCGUGAAGUGGCGGCUUCUCUUCACCAGCGCAAGGGAGACUUCACCUGCUACUUCCUCACUGACCUGGUGACCUUCACCCUGCCUGCAGACAUUGAGGACUUGCCUCCGGCCGUUCAGGAGAAGCUGUUUGACGAGGUGCUGGACCGGGACGUACAGAAAGAACUUGAAGAGGAGUCUCCCAUCAUCAACUGGUCCCUGGAGCUCGGGACCAGGUUGGACAGUCGGCUGUACGCCCUGUGGAACCGCACGGCGGGGGACUGCCUCCUGGACUCCGUGCUGCAGGCCACGUGGGGCAUCUACGACAAGGACUCGGUGCUCCGCAAGACCCUCCACGACAGCCUGCACGACUGCUCCCACUGGUUUUACACGCGUUGGAAGGAGUGGGAGUCGUGGUAUUCCCAGAGCUUCGGCCUGCACUUCUCGCUCCGAGAGGAGCAGUGGCAGGAAGACUGGGCUUUCAUCCUGUCCCUCGCCAGUCAGCCAGGAUCCAGCUUGGAGCAGACCCACAUUUUUGUUCUUGCACACAUACUUCGCAGGCCCAUCAUCGUCUACGGAGUGAAGUAUUACAAAAGUUUCCGUGGAGAAACACUCGGGUACACCCGUUUUCAAGGUGUGUACUUGCCCCUUUUGUGGGAGCAGAGUUUCUGCUGGAAGAGCCCCAUCGCCCUGGGCUACACGCGGGGCCACUUCUCGGCCCUGGUCGCCAUGGAGAACGACGGCUUCGACAAUCGCGGCGCGGGCGCCAACCUCAACACGGACGACGACGUGACGGUCACGUUCCUGCCGCUGGUGGACAGCGAGAGGAAGCUGCUCCACAUCCACUUCCUGUCGGCGCAGGAGAUGGGGAACGAGGAGCAGCAGGAGAAGCUGCUGCGGGAGUGGCUGGACUGCUGCGUGACGGAGGGCGGCGUCCUGGUGGCCCUCCAGAAGAGCUCCCGCCGCCGGAACCACCCGCUGGUCACCCAGAUGGUGGAGAAGUGGCUGGACGGCUACCGGCAGAUCCGGCCCUGCGCCUCGCUGUCCGACGGCGAGGAGGAGGAGGACGACGACGACGAGUGACGGGACUUGAAGCGGAGGGAGGCGGUCUGUGGGGGGCAGGACUCCCCCCUCACGCCCCUCUCUUCCAGCUUUUCCUUUCUUUCUUCUUCUUCUCUUUUUUUUUUUUUCUUUUUUUUUUAACGUUUUUCUUUCCCGACACGGACAAACUGUGAAAGCCUUCAGGAGAGGGCGGGGAAGCUGGGACCCCCGGCCCACCCUCCUCCUCCUCCUCCUCCUCCUCCCCCUCCUCCGGCACUGACAGUGAAAACCCAUUUAGCUCUUCACCAUCGUGACGCCGACAAACGCCACAGGAGAGAAUAAAGGUUUACGAAUGCAAACAACCUUUUUGAUUUGUUUUGACUUUCAAAUGUAAAGGAAGAAGAAGAAGAAGAAGAAAAAAAAGAGGAGAAUCUUUACCAGUAGAUGUAAAUGCAUGUGGUUGUUUAAAAAAAAAAACAAAAGAGUAUAAGGAAAUAUACCAGCAUUGAUUCCAAUCAACACUUUAUAUCCGUUCAGUACGAGCACUGACAGAAGCACACUUCCAAAUUGGAUCUUUUUGGUGUUUUUUCCAGUCGUAGAAGCGUUUUGCUCAUUUAGCCUUUUUUUGUUUUUGAAUGGGCAGGGACAAAGCCAAUAAAUAUCAAUAUCUUUAGAAAACCAGAGACUGUGUAAUAAUAAAUGACUUUAAUCCUUAUUACUAAGCACUGCACAUUUAUUAAGACAUUUCUAUAUAAAUCCAGUAUCAUUGCUUGAAUUGAGGUCAUAUAUGAAGCUCUUGAAAAGGGAGAGGUUUCCCUUUACGAGUCCAACUACACUCACUGAGGUUUCGGCACACUAAUGCUCAUCUUCGGUUUACCUUUUUCAGACUGUUUGACCUGAGAAGUUUGCCUGAGUGUGUGUGUGCGUGCGUGCGCGUGUGUGUGUUUUCUGAAUUUAUUCAGCGUAUUUAUUGUUUGGAAACUUGUUGGAGCUAAUAAGAGCUUUUCUGUAUAUUUUAUUUUCUCCUUUUUUUUGUGUGUGUGUGUGUGUGUUUUAUUUUGUUUCCCGGUUUGAUUAUUCUCUCAAUCUCGAUGAAGACACGUUGCUGCGAGGGAAGAACCAAUCAUGACCAUCGGUGAAAAGAAAAAGUUUACUUGCGUUCGUUGCGUGCGAUUCAGUACCUCAUCUGGAUGCCUACAACCUGGUGCUUUAUUUCUGGGCAGGCGGCGGCCGGAGUGAAACUCGCGCAGCGCCGCACUCUGUGUACUCUCCACUUUCCCCGUCUGUUCCUUUCUGGCGUUUUCGUCGUCCUCGCGGUACACGUCCGUUCGCCUCCUCUGUAAGGCCUGUUUGUUGUCUUUAUGUGAACUCAUCUUUUUAUUUUUUUUUUGAUUAAGGUUGUCGUGCGAGAUUGCAACCUAUAAAAACCAAAGCUGACAGAGGAAAAAGAAAAAAAAAAAACACAGUUGUUUCCGUUUUUUUUGUUUUUUUGCUGUGAAUGUUUGCAUUUCGUUUCUUCUCGCCAUUGCUUACUGUAACCUCUUCUGUGUUUCAUUUGAGUCAUACACGUUUUGGAGCAUCACCUGUAUGUUGCUUUGUAUUUAUGCAAUAGUUGCAGUUGUGACUAUGAUGGUUUGUGGAUUUAGGCCUGACUUCACUAAACAAGAGUAUAAUGCAAAGUGCGGGCGAAAUAAAUAAAGGAAAA